UAAUUGUACACAAGGCCAAGUUGUCAUCUUCCUCAAUGUCUGUAUGAGCCGUGGGAGGGUUUUCGAGAGGAUGUGGAGAGGUGACUCUUGUUUUCAGUGUUGAAAGAUGAAGCAUCUGCUGAGCUGUCUGCUUCUUGCCUCCCACUGCGCUCUCUCAUCACGGAGUGAUACGUCCACUUUGCGUGUGAGCCAGAGUGCUGACAUUGACGUCUUCGAGGGUCAGCUGGUCAACAUCAGCUGCUGUUGGACAGGCAACUUCUCCAGAGUCAAAGUCACGUGGCGGAUCAACGCAACCGUCUAUGGUGAAUCCUUCUACACACGCCAGCCGACUCUGCAAAGAAGUGCUGAGUGGUGUGUGUUCCAAGAAUGGACCAACAUCACAAAAGAGGACUCGGCCACGUACGUGUGUCAGGUCAAUGUGGACAUUCCGUCUCUGAUGGAGAAGAAAGGAAACGGUACAGUCAUAAGAGUAACACGCCAAAGGUCAAACGGCAAUGCAGAAGGAGGAAAAUCCAGAAGUGCUCUUUGGGUUUCACUCGGGAUUUCCUUGGCUUCGGUGGUUUUGUUGCUGCUCUUAGCAGCCGCCUGCAUCUACAAACUCAAACAAACAAAAGGAGUCAGUCGGGUGAUUUACGAGAGCCCCCACUUGGACUCUGACAACGCCGACAUGGACAAACACAGCAGCGGCAGCUCCUCUGCAGGCUCGGCCCAGUGGUGUCAGGUGGUUGUGUACGAAUCGGUCGAUUAUUUUGAGCAUGUGGAGAUGAAGGAAAGUGGCUGAGGACGAGGAUCCGAAGAUUUGGUCAUUACUACUCCAUAUAUCGUAUGUAGAGAAUGUCCCCAUGGCUUCACCUUUGCUGCCUGUAUCUUAUCUAAAUCAGGGGUUGGCAACCUUAAAUACUCAAAGAGCCAUUUGAAUAUAUCUAUCUAGCUAACCAUCCAUAAUAUCUAUCAAUCUAUCUAUCUAGCUGGCUCGCUAUGAUAAAUAUUAGUGCAGCAAUACACUAGCUAGCUGGCCAUAUUGCGAUCCAUCUAGCCAUCUAUUUAGCUAACUAGCUUGCUGUCUACCUAUAUCUUAUCUAUCUGAACUUGUAUUAAAUUGCAUUAAAUGUUCCGUGUUCUUUAGAAAUUCUUGGAUUUGACAUGAUAUGCCUACCAAGGGUCAAAUAAAGCUCAAUAAAUCUUGCCGCCAGCUAUCACACACACACACA